AUGGACUUUCAACGAUCAACGACCAUCACGAGUACGGUCACUCGCAUACCGGAAGAUGAGUAUGUGAACCCGUUCGUGCUCAAGCUAGAUCUAGACGACCCGUGGGAAAGGCGGAAGACUUAUCUGAUGACGCUGCUGGUGCUGCCGAUUCGUGCCGUACUGAUGGGUGUUUGUUUACUGGUGGCGUGGGCGUUCGCCUCGAUCGGGCUGUACGGGCUGACCGAGAAGGAGCGUCGUUCGAUACCGAUUUCCGGCUGGCGACGUGAAAUGCGUGAACUGACAGCACUGGCGAUGCGAUUGCUCUACUUCUUCGGUUCGUUUCACCGUAUCAAAGUGAAUGGUGAAUGUGCAUCCCCCCGUGAGGCACCACUCGUCGUCGUUGGUCCCCACUACAGUCUGUUCGAUUCGAUCGUCGUAGCAUUCUGUGGGCCAUCCACCGUGGUAGCGAAGAGUAAAGCCGCAGAUCUACCUCUCAUUGGCAAAAUAAUCGACAUCACUCAACCGAUCUACGUGUGCCGGGAGGAUCCAAACUCGCGUCACAUCACGCGCCAUCUCAUCAUUGAGCGCGUCAUCUCGAAGGAGGACUGGCCGCAGAUCUUAAUCUUCCCGGAAGGCACGUGCAGCAAUGGCAAUGCGGUGGUACAGUUCAAACCGGGCGCAUUCGGACCGGGACUACCGGUGCAACCGGUCGCGAUUCGUUACCCGAACCCAAUCAACACGGUAUCCUGGACGUGGCAGGGCCCUGGCGUGCCGGUACUGUUAUGGCGCACGCUAACCUCCUUGCACACCGCGCUCGAGAUUAACUUCCUGCCGGUGUACUAUCCCAACGAGCAGGAGCGUAACGAUGCGAAGCUGUACGCGCUCAACGUCCGGAACUACAUUGCGCAGUCGCUGGGAAUUCCUGGCACCGAGCACGGGUACAACGACUGCAAGCUGAUGAACUACAUGAUCGCCAUCGGUAUGCCGUACUUUGCGUGGAGUCAUGACAUUGGAAAGAUGCGUAAAUGGCUGGGACUUGCUGAUGGAACCGUCGAACAGAGCGUAUUAGACCAGUACGGACCAUUCACAGAGAAAAACUCCCACAUUGCGCUGGAUGAAUUUGCCCGCCGGCUAAACAUUUCCGUGGAGAACGAUUCGACGCGAAUUCUGUUCAAAAUAUUCAACAAGGAUAAUGAUAGCGCAGGAUUGAUUGACUUCAGAGAAUAUCUGCUUCUUGCACUGUUUAUGUCCACCUUGGGCAAACCAAAGCUCGACCUACUGAAGUUACUGUUCAAGCUUUAUGGUGUGGAACAAGAUCUGAUAGCAAGAGACGGUCUAUACUCAGCAGUUAAGCAUCUAUCCUCUAUUACGCCAGAGCAGUGUGAUCAGCUAUUCGUUAAGGCAGACAUCGCCAAUCGAGGCCUCAUUACCUUAGAGCAAUUUGAACGAAGCAUCAACUGUCACCCGAUUCUGAUCGAUCUGCAGGAACUUAAUGAACCUAAGCCGUAUGCAGCGCCGCAGCAGCAAACGCAAACCAGCUAA